GUCGUUUCACUGCGAUGGAGGUGCGAAGUGCUUGAAUCGGCGUCGAGAAGGUUCAGAUCUGUACAGUGAGCAUAGAGCAAGUGACAAUUCCCUCGAAAUCCCAAUUUUCCAGAUUCGAACCUGAGUUUGAUCGUUGAUGGAUGAUCUUUGGCCGUGAAAAAUAUAUAUCAUGGCGAAGCAUUCAACCGUGUCAUCAAUUUCAGGAGCGAAGAGAUGGCCGUUGGUGAUAUUGCUAUGCGUGGCUUUCUCAUCCGCCAUUGCCUUCUUAGUCGGAGCAGCCUUCAAUUCCUGCCACUCUCGCGACUUCGGUGAGCGGAAUACCUUCGUGACUCCAAUUCGUUCCUUCAACUCCGAUGGCGGGGUCGCUGAGAAAGAAGAACAUGAAAAUCCGCUCGGUUUCAUGUCAUCGAAGCUAGUUCUCUUUGUUUCCCACGAGCUUUCUCUUUCUGGUGGCCCUUUACUAUUAAUGGAGCUUGCCUUUUUGUUAAGAGCUGUUGGCACAAAGGUCGUGUGGAUCACUAACCAGAAGCCAGCUAAACCUGAUGAAGUGGUUUACAGUUUGGAACAAAAGAUGACUGACAGAGGAGUGGAGGUUUUAUCUGCCAAGGGCCAGGGAGCUGUUGAAACAGCUCUUAAAGCUGAUUUAGUCAUUUUAAAUACUGCCGUGGCCGGCAAGUGGCUGGACGCUGUGCUCCAAGAAAAUGUUCCUCAUGUACUCCCCAAGGUUUUGUGGUGGAUUCAUGAGAUGCGCGGGCAUUACUUUAAACUGGAGUAUGUUAAGCACCUCCCUUUUGUUGCAGGUGCCAUGAUUGAUUCACAUGUUACUGCCGAUUACUGGAAGAACCGGACACAGGAACGUUUAGGGAUUAAGAUGCCUGAUACAUAUGUUGUUCACCUUGGAAAUAGCAAGGACUUGAUGGAAGUAGCUGAAGACAGCGUAGCGAAAAGGGUCCUUCGAGAACAUAUCAGAGAAUCACUUGGGGUGCAUAAAGAUGAUCUUCUUUUUUCCAUAAUCAACAGUGUUUCUCGGGGGAAAGGCCAGGAUCUAUUUCUUAAAGCUUUUGAUGAAGCACUGCAACUCAUCAAAGAGAGAAACCUUAAAGUGCCCCCAUUGCAUGCCGUUAUAGUCGGAAGUGACAUGAGUGGCCAGACUAAAUUCGAAACAGAAUUGCGUAAAUUUGUUGCAGACAAGAAACUGCAGAAGGACGUGCACUUUGUUAACAAAACACUUAAUGUUGCCCCUUAUUUGGCUUCAAUCGAUGUCCUAGUCCAAAAUUCUCAGGCCCGGGGAGAAUGCUUUGGUAGGAUAACAAUUGAAGCUAUGGCAUUCCAGCUGCCUGUCCUGGGCACUGCAGCCGGUGGUACAACAGAGAUUGUAGUGAAUGGAAGCACCGGAUGGUUGCAUCCGGCCGGAAAAGAGGGUGUAACGCCUCUUGCUGAAAAUAUUAUCCGACUGGCGACUAACCGAGAGAUGAGAAUGACAAUGGGAAUGAAGGGUUAUGGUCGGGUCAAUGAGAUGUUUCUGGAGCAUCACAUGUCGAAGAGAAUAUCUUCGGUUUUGAAGGAGGUUUUGCAGAAGGCGAAGAAAGGAACUCAUUGAUUCGAAAAAGAUCACAUAAUAUCGAAAAGAGCCCGAAAAUACCGCAUCUAUGUAUCUAUCCAUGUAUCAGGUACAUACUCUACUUCUUACUAUUACUGCAAGCUGAUGGAAAAUUACAACUGCUGUUAUUUUUUCAAUGUUGAAAAUAUCAGUUGGCUAUGCAAAUUUGUCUACUGAUUUAGAAUUUUUAAUUUUUUUUUUUCAAUCGAUCCCACUAUUGUAGACAUUUUUAUGUUAUUCUUAAGUUUUAGAUACUAGUGUAGGUAAUCUAUUGAUUUGUGUGUUUGUUUUGUGUUUUUAGUUUGAUGUGUUUUUUAAUGCUUACGUACGAAAAAGUCUGUCAUUAAUAUAAAUUUUCUUUUUGUUGAA